UGACUGUGAAUGUGAAAUCAAAAUCCAGUACAAGUUACCAUGCGCUCAUGAUUUCUGGUGACUCUUCUCCUAUACCGUUAACUGCCAUUCAUCCUCGUUGGAUCUUGAAAGAAGAUGACAUACCUACUAAUGAAUAUAUUUACGGCACGAAUGAUGAUGACAAGAAGACUUGUGGUAAUGGUGAGGUCAAGGUGCCCCGAAAUGAUUUAUGACAGCGAUGACUAUUCGGUGAUUGACUUAGUGGACGAUAGCUAUGAUGACCAUGUACUUCCAACAGCGACUACUGAAAAACAUGUUAUUGUUAUUGAUUCUGAUACUGAUGAUGGCGACAUCGGAUUGGCUCCUACGGUUGACACCGACUCAUCUUUUCAUACCAAUGCUCAUUUGACCAGCGGUGAUAACAGCAAAGGUAUUAAUAUGAAUGAACCAGCAACAACAAGUCAUGAUCAUCUUAUCGAGCGUGGAAAUGAAUUGCUGUAUCUGAUACAUGCCAAUCUUAACUCGGAUAUAAGCAAUCAAGAACGACAGGAUAUUAUCAACAUGUUGGAAGUCAUAUUGGACAAAUCUCAUCAUGAAAUGGCAUUGAAUCUGAAGCAACCGAUAAAGUUAAUACCAAAGGAUGUCCAGCAUCUAGUAAGCGUGAUAGGGCAGCAUGGGAAGAUCAAAGUUCACAGCAAAGGAACCGUGCAAAAUGAACAUAGUCAAACUCAUGCAAAACCAUGCGAUCCAACAACAAGUCUUCACUCAACCUAUUACAGAGAUUGAACAACUCGAAUUAGAGUUCAUGAGGGUAUUUCCACAGUUCAUGGAAACUUACAACAAAAGCCAAGACCACAAGCAGAUGAAGAAGCGAAUUUCAUAUCAUUCAACGAUGCGGAUCUUUAAAAGAAAAUUUUUUGAAAUCUCACACUUUUACCUGGAUCUCACGAUUUUUGCAAAUCCCACACAUUUCUUUAGAUCUCACGAUAUUGACAAAUCCCACACUUUUCUUUAGUUUACAAAAUCUGUCUUUAAAAAAAAAUAUAUAUAAUUUAGUAUAAGAUAGUAUUUAGUAUAAAUAGAUGAUAUGAAAAUAAAAUACAAUCAUGG